AUGAGUGUAUCUGUUGGACAAUACCAAAGAGCAAGGGCUACUGCAAUAGAGAUGAUAGAAGGGAAGUUAGAAGACCACUAUACCAAGGUUUGGGACUAUGCAGUUGCAAUUAGGGACUUCUACAAGCUGUGGCAAACCUACUCAUCUAUGUUGAGCAUAUACAAUGUUGUAGAAGUAGAGGCUGAGGAAGAAGAAGUGGAAGGAGAAGUUGGAGAAAUGGAGGCUGAGGAAGAACAAGUUAAAGAGAGAGAGGUUGGAGCAAGAGUAGUACCCUUGGAUCCUGGUUCUUACAAUAUCCUUUGGGAGAAAAAGAGGAUUCCGUCUGAAAGAAUUAGGAAAUUGAAGCUCAAGAAAGUGGUCCAAGAUGCUAAUGGUGGUGGUUCUACCAAAACCCCUUGGGUUUUAGAUUAA